AUGUACGGAAGUGACUGGACGAGACGCAGCCUCGGUCUCCAACCCGCAUCAAGUGACAGUCCUUCAUACGACUUCCAAUCCUUAUCCAACAUCUUGAGUGUCUCUCAAGAGCUUGACCGCCAACUGAAUAACUGGUUUGAACUUUUGCCGCGAAAUAUCAAACCAGACAUGAAUGACCCGUCACGAUGCAGUGGCCUUCAGCUCAAUAUGCUCCACCGCUUCCACUCCGCCAAAGAUAUCAUCACAAGGCCUUUCCUUCUUUGUGCUAUUGAUUUCUCGCCAGAGAACGAUCUUCCUCCAAUGGUGCUGAAGCAAUGUGAGGCUAGCUUAGCCAAUUGCCGGACAUACUUGGACGCUUCAACCCGAAGAUUGAUGAGCCCAUCGGUCUGUGCAGAGAUUAUCAUCCAUACAAUGUUUUCUUCCAUUGUUCUCCUUACUCUGGGUUCGCUCUCGCCGGCUUUGGCGCAUCUAGUCCCCGACAUCAAUGCUUUACAAAAGAACACAAUUAGCACGCUACAGCGGUUUGCUGUGAGGGGUUCUUCGAUCGAAGAGAUUCACGGGGUUAUUGUUUUGUUGCAUAGCAAGACGAGAGCUACCGCAGCAAUUUUGAUCGCUAUCAAGCAACCUAGAUCAUGUUCGAUCUCAAUUUUGGUGUAUUACAUCUUUGAAUUUGCAAUUGAGCUCUCGUUGGCCACUCACCCGGGUCUUAACACAGACUUCAAGACCAUCGCUCGUUACAUUGCUGCCGGUGCAGCGGCGGCAGCUUGCCUAACGAUUCUUCUGAUGCCAUUUCGAGAAUCGAAGCUUCAGCCGAUAGAUAUCAGUGCUGUUGGUCAACAGCCAUCAAGCGAAUUUCGCACCCCGGAAGACAAUCUAAAGCUUUGGCAAUUUCUGACUGUGUCCUGGAUGGCACCGCUUAUUUCCACUGGAUGCAAAAGACAACUCAACGAGCAAGAUGUUUGGCAACUUGGAUUUGAAUUUCAGCAUCGACGUUUACAUGAGAAGUUUCGGCGUCUCCGGGGGUCUGUUGUUAGUCGACUGCUGAGGGCAAAUGGAAUUGAUGUCUUUAUCAUCUCUGCCAUUUCAACAAUUCAGAUGCUAUGCGACUUUUCUACGCCAGUACUGUUGCAGCAACUGCUACUGGCUAUGAAUGAUCCCACACGACCAAAACGUGUGCCUUUGACCUAUGCGCUUUUGUCGUUUGCGCUGAGACUAGUUGCAGCCCAGUCGCAGGUACUACUUCUGUGGUAUGGUCGGCGAUGCUACGAGAGAUCACGCGGUGAAAUGAUCAUGAUGGUCUAUGAAAAGGCCCUAUCAAGAAAGAACGUUGUGGGGCUUAUGGUUGAAGACAAGCCAGGGCCAUCUAACGGGGAAGCAAAUGGAACUGGUGAUGAGAGAUUAGCCCAAGGGACGCAAACACGUUCAGCUAAAGCAAGCACAAGCUUUUGGCAACGUAUCACACAAGAGACACCCAAGAAAGACGAACAGAACAAAACCAAGGAAGCAGCCUCCCUUGGAAAGAUCUUCAACUUGUUACGAGGAGACGUCUAUGAAGUUGCCCAAAGAUUCUGGGAGGUCGACUCCUUGAUAGACAAGCCACUGGGACUUGUGAUAGCCACAGUCCUUGUCUGGACGCUCUUCGGUCCUUCUUGCUUCCUGGGUAUUUUGGCCGUUCUAGUUGCACAGGCGGUAAACGCACUGAUUACUAGGGCCCUGCUACGAUGGGAGCGAGUCAGACGAGCAGCGACAGACACAAGACUCCAAAUAACCUCCCAGUUCGUCGAAGCAAUCCGUCACCUACGGUGGUAUGGGUGGCAGAACCAUUGGCUUCAGCAGGUUAUGGAAGCUCGGCAACACGAAUUGAAUAUCCGCAUCGUAACCAGUCUAUGGAGCAUCUUGAUUCGCUUUGUCAAUGCCUUUGCCAGUGGCGUUUUCCCGGUCGUCGCACUGUACGCUUAUACUUUCUUGGCUGGGCAUGAGUUGCGGAUUGAUAUCAUCUUCCCUGCCUUGCAACUAUUUACUAUGCUUGAAACUCGCCUGCGAGAUAUCCCUGGGCUGAUCACGUCGCUUAUCAAUGCGUUCAUUGCUCUUGGGCGCAUUGAGGAUUUCAUGUCAGAGCCGGAUAAAGAAAGUAUGACCUCUGAGCAGUCGGACACCUCUCCCAUUACAAUGCAGUCAUGCUCUUUUGCAUGGCCUGGUAAAGCCUCACCGGUCCUUGUUGACCUCGAUAUCACUAUUCCUCAGGGAUUGACUGUUGUCACCGGAAAGGUCGGGGCAGGGAAGACUGCUUUCCUACAGGCUCUUCUAGGGGAACUUGACAGACUCAAAGGAUCAUCACAUAUCCCGAAUGAAAUGGUGGGAUACUGUGCCCAGACACCAUGGCUACAAAGCAUGAGCAUUCGCGACAAUAUACUGUUCUCCGCUCCAUACCAUGAUCAACGCUACAAAAGAGCCUUAGAAGCAUGUGCCUUGCUUCCUGAUCUCGCCCAAUUCAAACAUGGAGAUCUGUCUUUCGUCGGUGAAAAUGGCAUCGGUCUUUCUGGCGGGCAGAAGGCAAGAGUGGCUCUGGCGCGGGCUGUUUACAGUGCAUCCCGCGUUUUGCUUUUGGAUGACCCCCUGUCUGCGCUGGAUCACAAUACUGCCGAGUUGAUAGUGCGCAAGUGUCUCUCAGGGUCAUUGAUGAAAGACCGUACGAUUGUUCUUGUGACGCAUCGUACUGCGUUAGUUCGCCAAAUUGCAGAUCAAAUUGUGGACAUCCGAGAUGGACAUGCCAUUGUUUAUGAUAAAGAGGCACUCCGAGCUGAUGGCAUCGAACACUCCUUGCAGUUUACUGACACGGAAAGUGACACAGAAACUGAAAUCACACCGGAUGAGGAGACCACUGCAGUUCCCGACAAGUUCAUUGAGGAUGAGCACCGCGCCGAAGGAGGUGUCAAGGCUCGCGUCUAUUGGAACUAUAUAAAGGCUGGAAAAUACAAAUGGUGGCUUGCCCUCGUCCUCGUCUUGGCCACAUACCGAUUGAUAGCCGUUGCGCAAUCCUGGUUCCUAAAAGAAUGGGGAGAGGCAUAUGAGCAGUCAACUGUGCUCAGUGGAAGGUCUUCAGAUCUGGACAGUAGAUCCUCUCAGGGCUCAUUGUUGGUGUCGGCGUCAACGGUGGACACAUACUUCAUGCCUAAGAAUCCGAUGGACCGACUGCCGUCCCCGCGCGAGGACGUCCGUCCUUGGCUAUGGGCAUUCUUUGGCAUUAUCUCAUUUCAAGCGGCAACACUGCUCAUUUCGCAGUUGCUCAUGCUGGUCAUCGUCUACUGCGCUGGACAGUCGUUGUUCCGACAAGUUCUUAUUCGGGUCAGCCACGCCACCUUCCGGUAUUUGGAUACAAUCCCUCUUGGGCGUCUGAUGAACCGUCUAACCUCUGACAUCGGGGUUGUGGACGGCAAUAUCAGUGAGCAAUUCCAAGUGAUCGCAUUCCAGUUUAUCACCUGGGUUUCAUCCGUGCUGGUAAUCGCAACCGCAACCCCGAUGUUUCUCGUAUUCUCUCUCGCUCUCACAAUGGCAUUCGUGCUAGUCUUCCUACGCUUUCUCCCAACAUCACAGAGUCUCCGAAGACUCGAAAUGGUAUCCCUAAGCCCACUGAUAUCCAACUUCGGCGAGCUACUCCACGGUCUAACAACCGUCCGCGCUUUCCACGCAGAGUCACGUUUCCAAGACCGAAUCAUGUCCGUCGUCGACAAGUUCCAAGGAAUGGACCAUUUCUACUGGUCCCUUCAAAGCUGGCUGAUGUACCGCUUCGAAGGCCUCUCCGCAUUUUCAACCUUCUGCCUCACAGCCCUGGCUCUAUACACCAAUACUUCACCGGGACUAGUGGCAUUCGUACUAAUAGCCGCAAACAACUUCGUCGAAUCAACACACGCCCUAUGCAAACAGUACGGCCAACUCCAAAUGGACUUCGUAUCCGUCGAACGCAUCGACGAGCUCCUCCACAUCGAAGAAGAAACACCAGGCACGGUAAACCCCCCAGCAGCAUGGCCAAAAUACAGCAGCGAUAUCGUCUUCAACAAUGCAACUUUCCGCUACGCUCCCCAUCUCAGCCCUUCCCUACUGAAUAUCUCCCUUCGCAUCCCCGGCGGCUCGACCACCGCCGUCAUAGGCCGCACAGGAAGCGGCAAAUCAACCCUGGCAAUGUCUCUCCUCAGCGUUAUAAGACCAGACUCCGGUCGCAUUCUCGUUGACGGUAUAAACAUAGCAGAUGUCAAUACGCAAGCCCUCCGCACUCGCGUUACCUUCGUCGCACAGGAUCCAGUCCUGUUCCCAGGUAGCAUCCGGCUGAAUCUAGAUCCAACGGGCGAAUACCCUGAUGAGCAGUGUACAGAGAUCCUGCAGCGACUGUGUAGCCGGCAUGGCUGGCAUCUUGAUACAUACAUCGAAGGUGGAGGCAGGAAUCUAAGCCAGGGUCAGCGCCAGCUUAUCGCUCUCACGCGGGCUGUUCUGCGGCGCAGCGCUAUUGUCAUUCUGGACGAGGCGACUGCGUCGGUUGAUCAGGAGACUUCGCUUGAGAUUCAGCAGAUUAUUAGGGAAGAGUUGCGACUGUCGACUGUUAUUACUAUUGCGCAUCGGAUUGAGGCUGUGAAGGAUGCGGAUUACUUUGUGGUUUUGGAUCAGGGUCGUGUCUCGAGGCAGGGUCAUGUAAGGGAUUUAGAGACUUGA